AUGGUAGAGGUGGCCCCCUUGCUGGAGAAGCAACCCUGGUCGCUGCGGAACUGUCUCUGCAACCCUGGACGCUGCGGAACUGUCUCUGGUAGAGAUGGUAGAGGUGGCCCCCUUGCUGGAGAAGCAACCCUGGACGCUGCGGAACUGUCUCUGGUAGGAGAUGGUAGAGGUGGCCCCCUUGCUGGAGAAGCAACCCUGGACGCUGCGGAACUGUCUCUGGUAGGAGAUGGUAGAGGUGGCCCCCUUGCUGGAGAAGCAACCCUGGACGCUGCGGAACUGUCUCUGGUAGGAGAUGGUAGAAGUGGCCCCCUUGCUGGAGAAGCAACCCUGGUCGCUGCGGAACUGUCUUUGGUAGGAGAUGGUAGAGGUGGCCCCCUUGCUGGAGAAGCAACCCUGGACGCUACGGAACUGUCUCUGGUAGGAGAUGGUAGAGGUGGCCCCCUUGCUGGAGAAGCAACCCUGGUCGCUGCGGAACUGUCUCUGGUAGGAGAUGGUAGAGGUGGCCCCCUUGCUGGAGAAGCAACCCUGGACGCUGCGGAACUGUCUCUGGUAGGAGAUGGUAGAGGUGGCCCCCUUGCUGGAGAAGCAACCCUGGACGCUGCGGAACUGUCUCUGGUAGGAGAUGGUAGAGGUGGCCCCCUUGCUGGAGAAGCAACCCUGGACGCUGCGGAACUGUCUCUGGAAGGAGAUGGUAGAGGUGGCCCCCUUGCUGGAGAAGCAACCCUGGACGCUGCGGAACUGUCUCUGGUAGGAGAUGGUAGAGGUGGCCCCCUUGCUGGAGAAGCAACCCUGGUCGCUGCGGAACUGUCUCUGGUAGGAGAUGGUAGAGGUGGCCCCCUUGCUAUUGAUAAGGAAUUUACCACAUCCGCCAAAGUAAAGCCUGGAACAGACAAAAGAAUAUGGCUGAAAGUCUCACUUGACCAGAUCUAUUGUGUUCGGCAGGUUAUAGAAUAUGAAAGAGAUGAAACUGUUCAAUUCAAAUGGACCUGUUCGCAAGAGAACUGUGGUGACUGCGAAGGAGACAAUUGUGAUGCUUUUGAGCUCAAGGUUUAUGUUGAGGGUGUUCUUCCAGAGACACUACCGUCUUAUUCUGGGUGCAAGCAUGGGAACCGGGUGCAACUUGAGAAAACUGGAGGCAAUAAAGAUUAUUUCAUUGUGUUUGAAAUCGCUGUUAUUGCAACUAAAGCCCGUUGCCUGUCAGCUACCUGGACUGCAGUUACCAUGGAACCUCCACUGCCAGUAAAUGAAGGUACCAGUGUUACCUUCAGCUGCCCGAGAAGGUACCUCAAGGAAGGGAGUCAGACGGGUACCUGCCAGGAUGGACUGCUUAGACUGGAGAAGAGCGAGGAUCCUCCAACAUGUCUUAAAAUAGAUUUCCUCAGAGACUGUUAUCACAUCGUGGUGAUAUGUCUUCUAACACCAGGAAUCAGGAUAUUUAGUUCUAUGACAUCAAGGUAA